AUGUCUAUUGCUAAUUUUCUCAAGGAUUUGCCAUCGCGCGACAAAGCAAAUUUCUCAUCUUUUUUGAAACAGAAUGGGAAGCCAGUGGUGGCUCGUAUUUCUGAACAAUCGGAUGAUGAGAAACGAAUAAUUUUUGAUAUGAAACCGCUUUUGUUAAGGUAUCUCAAAAUAAAUUGGUUAUAUAUAAGCAAAAAUAGUGUUCUUCAGAGUGCUCGAUCAGAUCGAAAGCGUGCAUCUGAUGUAAGUAGCAAUGCAACUGAUGAAAGUGAAAAUACUAGUGGAACACGUAUAAAAACGAGGCGAAGGGAAUAA